AAGCACAAGUUUGGUUCCACUUUCCAGUGCGGUAGCAUUUUUCGAGUUUUUCUAGUUUCCGAGUUAAGCAAAGGGCAAAAUGGGAAUUUGGGACUUUAUAAGCUCCGGCACAGAAUCGGUGAAACGGAACUCACCGGAUCUAGCAACUCCGGUGACGAAGGUAUGCAAAAGUACCUAUUAUUACAGUGCGCCCGCCGUCAGAAUGAUCGACAACGUCGUUCGAGUUAACGGCGUGCAGAAGCUGGGUCAGUACAUUUACAAGCCUGAUGAAGAAGACAGGGCUAAAAUCGUCAAUUUCAGUUCAAAAUUCGUCAAAAAUGCAUCCGUUUAUGCCGUCAAAGAAGCAGCCAACAUCUUCAUUCCUGGUGGAAGAGCAGUCUCCCAAAUUUACUCUCAAACAGUCCGCGAAAUGGAAAUUGAGUCUAAGAAGAAUCAAAACACAUUGUGCGACAAGGAAAUAACUGGCAAUUCGAGUAAGGAUACCAGUAGUACCGUUCCUCCGGGAUUGCUCGAUGGGGCAAAGAUACUGGAAAACAGAAAACUGCAGUUAAGUUCUGAAAAUAAAGUUCAGGUUGAUUCAUUUGCACAUCAAACACCUGAAGAUGUCCUACGAGUUUUCAUGAUGAAGGAAUUUAGUGGCUCUCGUUAUCUGGACAAUUUGCUGGUUCCUGAUCAUCGACAACAGAAGAGAGGUAAUUGA